GGAUGAAAGAAGAAGUCGAAAUCGUCAACAUUGAAAGGCGCUCGGUGUUUAUUAUCUGUUAUCGCGGCUAUGGUUCGCAUAUGUUGUGUUCUGGGUUGCACCAACAAGUCACGCGACAGCCGCGGCAGGAAACUUGACAACGGGUUGAGAUUUUUUACUUUCCCGACGUGGAAGGGGCGCAGAUCAGGGAAGUCUCCAAGACGCGUCGGUCGGCUUGGGUCGCCGCUGUCCGACGCAAAGACAUCACAUUUGCCAAUAUAACGCCCUUCAUAUUCGUUUGCUGUCGACAUUUCCAUCGAGUAAUGCUCCAGUGUUGACUGGUCAUAUUUUUAACUCAAAUCCACACAGAUAGGAGCAUUCGGAUCAUUAUUCGGAACCAAACAAGCGUCUCAUCAUGACGAAGAUGCGACGUACUGCCUACAUUGCGGCCUUCAAGCUGAAGGCGAUCGACCUGGCAAUGGAAAAGGGCAAUCGAAAAGCUGCGCAUCAGCUCGGAGUUAACGAAUCCAUGAUACGACGUUGGAGGAAGCAGCGUGGAGAACUUUCCCGCUGCAAGAAGACGACAAAGGCCUUUAGAGGCAGGAAGCGCAAGAGCGAACACGGCAAUGCCCCGCGUUCAGCCAAAAGAAGGAAUCCGGCUCUUCAAAGCGAGCGUAUCCAGCAGGGAGGAGAGUCAACAAUGAAAGAGCCGACGCUCUGCGAAGAAGAGGUAACGUGGAAACUGGAGGAGACGUCGUACGUUAUAGUCAAACGGGAACUAACGGAAAGCAACGCAGACGGCUGCGGAAUCGGAACAAAGGAAGUGAAGCAAGAAGAGACGAACGGGCAGGCGGAAUGCAAAUUGUGCAUCCAAAGGGUUGCGGAAAUCAGCCGCCUGGUGGAGGAAAACCGACGACUCAGGCGCGAGCUCGACGCUUUCAAAAUGCCCGAUGGCUUUUUUGAGGACGACGACAACAAAGUGGAAUAUUACACCGGGAUGCCAAACGUGGGCUCUUUCAUGACCUUUUUUUGUUUUUUGUUACCUCUCAUGCCAGCCCGGGAGAGCAGACUCAGUCCUUUUCAAGUCCUUCUGCUGACAUUCAUGCGCCUCCGGCUGGAUUUGCCCUCGCAGCACCUCGCCCACAUUUUCAGCGUCUCGACAAGCACAGUGGAUACGAUGUUUCAGGACACGGUUUCGUUUCUGUAUACAAACCUGAGGACUUCCAUUACGUGGCCCAGUCGAAGUACUUUACAAAGGACGAUACCUCGCCAGUUCGUCGAGGCCUUCGGUCGCAAAGCCGUCGCCAUCGUUGACUGUUUUCGAGUGUUCGUUCAAAAACCGGCACGUCACAAAGAACACGGAAGUAAUGAUGCCGUUCGGUAUUUAAUCGCCGUUACGCCGUGUGGAUUUGUUGGUUUUGUAUCAAAAGGGCGCGACGGCUUUAUGGCUACGAAAAAGAUCCUGCAGGAAAGCGGCUUCCUAAACAAGUUGUUGCCGGGCGACGUCGUCCUGGGCAACGGUUUCGACGCGGACAAAAGCGGCGUCUCGUUUUACGCCGAGGUCGACGAGCCGACUUUCGUCCGAGCUGACGGUUGUCUCGCGGAGAAGGAAGUGGGAGGCGUAACGCAUCUGGGAGCACACAUUGAAACGAUGCUGGGAAAGAUGCACCGCAAGUAUCAAAUCUUCAAGGUGGCUCUGCCCGUCGACGCCAUGCGAUUGCUCGACGGUGAAGAAGUCACCUUGUUGGAUAAGAUGGUGGCCGUCUGCUGCGCGCUGGAGAACCGUUGUCUGUCUGCAUUUUAACAGAUGCAAUCAUUUGACGGCAUUC